AUGAGACCCCUCACAGAACCUGAAACGAAAACUCUCUUCGAGAAACUCGCGACCUACUGCGGAAAAGGCAUUGCAAACCUCAUUGCCGACCCAGCUGGCGGCUCAGACCGAAAUGUUUUCCGCAUACAGGGCUCCCGCGUCUACUACGUCCGCGAAUCUCUUGCCAACCUCGCCACCUCAGUCGCGCGCGACAACCUGCUCAGUCUCGGCAUCUGCCUCGGCAAGUUCACCAAGACGGGGAAAUUCCGGCUCCACAUCACAGCGCUGAGCGUCGUCGCACCGCACGCGCGCUACAAGGUGUGGGUCAAGCAGAACGGCGAGAUGCCUUUUCUGUACGGCGGAAACGUACUCAAGGCGCAUGUGGGCCGCUGGAGUGAAGACUGUCCUGAACAUCAGGGAGUUGUGGUUUUGAGCAUGAAUGAUACGCCGUUGGGCUUUGGUGUCAGCGCGAGGAGUACGGCAGAAGCGAGGAAGUUGGAUCCGACGGGUGUUGUCACGUUCAGACAGGCAGAUAUCGGCGAGUAUCUGAGAGAGGAAGACACGCUGUUUACGACUUGA